AUGUCUCAAGACAACAUGUACUCAACGGGUCAAUUCAUGAACCCUGGCCCAGCACCUAAGCCUCCAUCGGACCGUCCUCGUCUCGCUCUGACCCCAAAUGCCAAUCUUCCCGGGAGCAUGGCCAACAUGGCCAUUUCUCCCAUCCGCAACGGCAUGGGCGGAGUUGCGGUGAAGAAGGAGGGAUGGGCGUCGGUCAAAGAAAAGAGCUUCAUCCAAACGUGGAAGAACAAGUACUUGAUCCUUCGCAAGGAGUCCCUGGAUUUCCACAAGCAGCCGGAUAGCAAAGUCGCAUACACAAUUCUGCUCAAAGAUGUGGUCAAUGUGGCUCGAGCUGAGUCGGCUGGCACCAUCUUCGAGGUCAAGCGAAAGCCCGACGGGACCUCCACGGCUCCAGGCGAAGACGAUGGACAAACAAAGACACUACAGAUCCGCGUCAAAGGCGACGACGAACUGUACGAAUGGAUCGACUUCAUAUACGGCGCCUGCCCAGGGAUGGGCGGCGUCAGCAACCCCACCAACUUCUCCCACGCCGUCCAUGUUGGAUUUGAUGCUACGACGGGUGAAUUCAUUGGGUUGCCCCCUGAGUGGUCUCGUCUGUUGAACUCAUCUGCAAUCACCAAGGAAGACUAUGAGCGCAAUCCCCAGGCGGUCUUUGAAGUCUUGGACUUCUACACCACGGACUUGGCCAAGAGAGCAGAGAACCCUAACCAAUACCCAAGCCUCACACCAACGCCUCCCGCGUCCUCACUUGGCAACAAACAGCUCGGCUAUCCAGGGAACAGCGGAGUUGCCCCCCCUCGGCCCCCGCCUCCCGGGGCCGGCCAGCGUCAGCCGAGCUACAACACACCCCCAACGCCAUCGAGCCAAAAUGGUCAGCGACGCCCUGACCAAUACCCUCAGGACCAACAGCGGCAGCAAGUGCAAGGUGGUCACGGGUCGCAGGAUUCGCUGCGCGAGGAGCAACGGAGGAAGCAGCUUGAGCUGCAAAAGCGUCGGGAAGCAGAAGAACAGGAGCGUCGGGAGCUGGAGGCUUACAACGCCUCCCUACCCAAACACAAGGUGCCCAUAGCCAAACAAGAAGUCGGAGGCGGCUACGGAAGUUCCAGCCCGUCACAGAACGAGCGGUUCAACCCAUCUAGAGCACCUCCCCCAGCACCCAAGUCAUCGGCACAACAGCAGGGCUCCCUGCGCGCCCAGCGACCUGCACCACCAGCGCCCUCGACUUCGGGAGGCCAACGGCCCCCGAUGCAGCCACAGUCCAGCAGCUCAACCCCCAGGGAGGCACCCCGAGCACCUCGCAACGACAACCCGCCCUCGGGCUCUCCAGGAGCUCCGCGCCCCCAGAACGGGCAUGGCGCACCACAGUACAAGCCAUCUCAACAACAUUCCCAGGCAUCACAGAGGGUGCCAGCGGCUGCGCCGAAACCACUCAAUGUGGCGCCGAAGCCCAGUCACGGUCAUGGUCACAAGGAUCCACCUGCCGACGGCAUCAAAGCUGCCGAAGCUGCAUUGACCGCCAAGCCUUCGCCGAGCGAGCGCAAGCAGGAUGUCCGCAUGUCAACCAUGUCCGAGGGCGAGGUCAUGGCCAAGCUCAAGGAAGCGGUGUCCAAAGACGACCCCAACAUGUCGUAUUCCAAGCAGAAGAAGAUUGGCCAGGGUGCAUCUGGCUCCGUCUACGUCGCCAAGAUCAAGGACACUGCCCAGGGCGUCGCUCGCGAAAUCCUUCGUCAACAGGGUAGCAGGGCCCAAGUGGCUAUCAAGCAGAUGGACCUCGCGCACCAGCCCCGCAAGGAGUUGAUCGUGAAUGAGAUCAUGGUUAUGAAAGACAGCAGGCACAGGAACAUUGUCAACUACAUUGACGUGUUUCUGCGGAACAACAAUGCGGAGCUGUGGCUGGUCUUGGAGUACAUGGAGGGUGGUGCGUUGACCGAUGUCAUUGACAACAAUCCCUCCAUCUCGGAGGAUCAGAUUUCGACAAUUUGCCACGAGACUUGCUCUGGGCUGCACCACCUUCAUUCCCAAAGCAUUAUUCACCGAGAUAUCAAGAGCGAUAAUGUCUUGCUCGAUGCUCGUGGCAACGUCAAAAUCACUGAUUUCGGGUUCUGCGCGAAACUGACCGAAACCAAGUCCAAGCGAGCCACAAUGGUCGGCACGCCUUACUGGAUGGCGCCUGAAGUCGUGAAACAGAAAGAAUACGGACCCAAGGUCGACAUCUGGUCUUUGGGCAUCAUGGCCAUUGAGAUGAUCGAAUCAGAGCCCCCUUAUCUCAACGAGGAGCCCCUCAAGGCCCUGUACCUGAUUGCUACCAACGGCACGCCUAGGCUCAAGAAACCAGAAAAGCUGAGCAAGGAGCUCAAGGCGUUCCUCUCUGUCUGCCUCUGUGUCGACAUCAAGAGCCGAGCGUCGGCGGACGAGCUCCUCGCGCAUGACUUCCUUAAGCACGGCUGUGCUUUGAACAGCUUGGCUGAUCUGCUGGCUUUCAAGAAGCACCCGAAAUAA